UUUUCGGCAAGCUACAGUUCCUCUUUCCAUGUGACCGAAAUAUCUGUAAAUGCGCGCACAAAAACAAACCUCCUGCACACCUAUUUGAACAAGAAAAACGCCUUUCUCAACUCGUCGGCAUCCUGUUUCCUUUGACCUUGACGCCAAUCGAAAUUGAAGAACCAGGAAAGAGAUAAAAAUGAUGUUUUAGUCUCUCAUAUAAUCAAUCCCCCAUCAAAAAACCACGCAAAGAAUAGAAAGUAAAUAAUAUGGGAGAUAUUGAUUUCACCGACCCCUGACGACCCGCCUCGCUGACAGCUUUAUGUACAUUAUAUAUACACACUUUCGAUAGAGAUUCACGCAUUUGUGUUUUCCGAUUGUACUUGUAGCCGGUUCGCACCAUGACGAAGGACAGGAGUGUAAUUCAAGGCUCCUACAAAACGUGGCUGUGUAACGCUGCGCUUUUUGCUCUGAUCUGCACGGCUUUUGCAGCGGGGAUACUUUUGGGACCCAUCGUUUCCACGCGGGGAAAGGACGAUUUGAAAGAAAUGUGCAACAGUCCGGGCGAAGCUCGAGUAAAGUUCGCAGCAGAAAGAGGCGCGAAGUCGGAAUGCAUCUCUCAAGGGCAGCUUAAGGUGUUUAUGGAGCAAUGGCGCAGCUCCAUGGACGAUUUGAUUGAGGAAAAAAUGUUCAACGUCACUAAGAGAAAAAUAAAUCCUGCAAUAAGGAAACUGUGGAGGGCUAAGGAUGCUACUACGAAGAAAACAAUUCAAGCGAUGUUAAAUGCGAUUCUGACGAAUUGGACCGCUCAGUUGUCACUGAUUACGAACAACUUGCCUUCAGAAAAACCGAAGACGAUUCACGAAACAGUCACAGAGAACACAGUAAAACCGACAACAAAAACACAGCUGGAAGUGAUCGAGGUGGACCCAGUUGAGCCUGCAACACGAGAAACACAUGUAAAUAUGCCAGUCCCGAUUGCCUUAUAUCCUCUUAACGGAAAGUACACAACUUGGGACGUAAGCGGACGGAGCAAUCCCAACGGCCUUGCGCGCGGAGUUCGACUCGCCCCUGGACCAGACGGACACCCACAAGGCUCGUACCAGUUCUCUGGGAAGAGUAGCAGCUUCAUCGAGUUUCCAAAUACCGGAGCGCUGAAAGCAAAAGAAUCUAUAACUUUACUGGCUUGGGUUUACGUCAAGUCAAGAAGUGGACCUAUUUUCAACUACAACCCGCUGGGCUGGGGAGUCAGCCUCUGGGUGAAUUCAAAACAUUAUCUGUCCGCCAAAUUCGUCGAAGAUGAUGGGGGCUGCAAGACCUGUUUCAUCAGCGCUCUGCCGCUGAAAACAAACGCGUGGAAUUACGUUGGAAUGUCUUAUGACCACAACAGUGGCGUUGCAAAGCUGUGGGUGGAUGGCCAGGUGAGCAGUCAGCGUAAUAUUGGCACCAAGAUAAGACUCUCAACAUCAAAGAGUGUGAGAAUGGGUGCGCGGGCUACGAAUGAUGGGAACUAUUUCAAUGGUAGGAUAUCCCGAAUGCAAGUUUACGACAGGGCCCUGACUCAGCGUGAAGUCGAGGCUGUGGCCGGUCCAAUUGAAGCUGGCGGGUGCCCGCAAGGUUGGACGGGAUAUCACUCGUCAUGUUACUUGGUGUUCAACCGGUUAACAGAUCAGUGGAAUCAGGCUAGACAGGUUUGCCAGGAACACGGAGGAGACCUGGUCGACAUUGAGUCUCCAGAGGAGAACCACUUUGUGUACACGCUAGCGCGCUCUAAAGCUGCCAAUGAAAGGUUCAUGUGGAUCGGAUUACUGCGCGGCUCACCUGAUGAACAAUUUUCAUGGGUGGAUGAUCCGCUGCCCACUUUGUACUCCAACUGGGCUCUCAGUGAACCAAAUAACUUUGACGGUCGAGGCGAGAACUGCGGGCACAUGUACCUCUGGACAGGCGAGAGGGCCAUGCAAUGGAACGACGAGCUGUGUGUUAACCCAACUAUUGGAUCAAUGAUUUUCAUGUGCGAGAUGAAACCGGUUGGCUUCGGCCCCAAACCGGCCAAAACCGGUAAUUCAGUCGACGAAGAAGGAUCGGGCAAAGCGGGAUCUGGGUCGGGAGAGGUUUCGAGCGGGUCCGAGAGUGGAGACGACUCCUUAUUAACGUUGAAUGGAAUGUAAAUUCGAUGCAUGUCAAUAGAAAGGAGUGUUUGACUUUGAAACUGAAUACACGUAGCUGUAUGCCGAUUCUAGGGCAUCAUUGAGAAGACCAAAAAUGACCGGCGCGUAGCUCUGUCGAUAUUCUAUAGAUAUCGUUUCAAUAAUUUCAUUUCUUUUUUUCUUUUUUCUUUUAACAUUUAUACAUAAAUAAACUGAUAUACUUCCUACCCUUUUUUUACCCCUAACUUAAAAUCUUAAUUCGCCUGACAUUCCACACUUUCCCAUUAUCUCAUUGUAUAAGAAUUUAGCGUGUCAUUAGUCAUUGCUACGUGCUGCAUAACGACGCUAAAUGGCCUGUAACACGACUGGUUAUUACGCAUAAUCGUUUGAAUAAUCAGGAUUUUUGACACUUAGUGAUUACUGAGAACCCUGGGUGCUUUUAGAAAAAAAAAUAUCCUUGAUUUUAUCAAAAUGAGUCAGCCCUGCUCAAAGGAAAAUUGUCUCUGCUUGUUUAAUGAGUCAUCAGUCUUCACAACCUCGUUUCCAGGGUCUCUCUUCUUCCGCCUCCCGGGUGGGAAGAAGAGAGACCCUGGGAACGAGGUUGCAGUCUUCAUAAUGCAGUUCGAAAUUCUGCGCGCCUUCAGAUUGACCUGAAAAGCUAUGUUUUAUCAGAGCAUAGAAAAGUAACCCCGCCAAUGAUUAAUUUUACGCACAAACCGACCUAAAACUCAGUCAAUAACUAUUUAUCACAUCACCCAUAUCGACGUUGAUGUAAAAAUGCCUUGAUAAAUGUUCUUCAAUUGAACUGUUGACUCUGUGCCCGGUGACCGGACGUCUUAACAUUUUCCUGAGCAGCUGCCAUCAACCCUCCCAGCCUCGCAUUUUGUUAAAUUGUUGUUACCUUUUUGCCAUUCAUUCACUUUUCUUAAAGUGAAUGGUUAAAUGGAGGUAUAAUUUCAUUUGGCUAUAUUGCUUAUCAUGAACGGAAUACUCUGUAAGCUAAUUCAAAUCCCAGUAUAGUUUUAAAACACAGAAAUGCUCCAGUAAAGAACAUCGCCAUCUCGUCAACUCAUUAAGUACUGGAAACAAUAUUGAAGUCACUUGCAGUUGUGUAAAAUAUUACUGACAACUUUGCUUCCAGAGCUCUGUUAUUCAUAAGCAAAACGUUAAAUAAAAGAGUAAAAACGAAGGAAAAAAUAACACAGAAAAAUAAGCGACCGAGUAAAUAUACAAGCUCUACCUCUGUACAAAAA